UCAUCGGUAUCGGCUGACUUGUUGUUCUCUCAUCUUCCACGGGGAAGGGAGAAGUACUCCAAGUCGUCAAAAUGUCUCGAAUCAUUCUUUGUUGUGGCUCUUGGAUCUUUUCCGCGCUAGUGGGAUUUUUUGGACACGCGCUCGGCGAGGUGCUCGAUCAGCUUCGAUGGGACCGUCAUCGUGCAGUUCUCAGGAGGCAGUCGGAAUGGAGCUCCCGGAUCAUGGUCGGUCCACCGAUUCUUUGCACAUCUGUCUUUUGGGAACCAGAGCGAAGGCCGAUCGAUUGCUAACGGGGAGAGCUGUAGAUUGAAUCAUCAGUCAUCAGCGUCGAUAUCAGGAGGUUCGAGAGCGCUGAAAGUGACAAGUAGACUGUUUCUGCUCACGGAUCAAGCAGUCAUGGUCGUAUGUAUCUGGCUUUGGUUGCAUCUGAGGCAUCUGAGCAAAGAAGUGGUGACCCGGAUUCUUCCUUUCUCAGCUGACAGGUGCUCUAUUAGAAGCACGUACAUCGAGUGGUAGUGCGGCUCAUCAUUCAAAUACCAGCGAUGAAGCGACG